AUGGUCAUCUCCAAUGACCUCCUGUGGCGUGACCUGCAGACACAACAACAGAACCCUGGGAAGUUCUGUCUACUCGUAUGCAGUCUGUGCUCCUUCCUGGCAGCUGGACGCUACAUUCCUGGAAUUGUCCUUUCAUAUAUAUUAGAAAUGGCCCAGCCAGGGGGCUUGCCGUGGCAUUCUGAGGAAUGUUCUGGGGCAUCUUCCUGUGGCCCCGGGUGUCGUCCACAUGACUUUGGACUGUGGGUCGAACCAGUUUCUGCAAGAAACUGGACUUUGGGCCUGGGACAGUUCCUUCAGAAGAUCAAAGAGAACCAUGAGAAGCGACUCCUCCAGUCACAGGUUGAAAGAGAGUGCAUCGAGGCGGAUCUGUCUUCUCUCUUCCCCAAGAUGGACUCCACCGUGUACAAGGAGCUUUCCCUAUCAGACACAGAGCCCUCCGAAGUGACCUGGACAGAAAACACCUUCAACCUGUCCGAAGGGCACACACCACAAACAGAGAACUCAGAAGACCUGGACCGACCCAGCGACCACGAGGAGGUGUUUGCUGGAGGUCCAGACUUCCCAUCUCUGGAUAACGGUCUGGGGUCCAACGGCGACGACGACGACGACCUCAGCAUCGGCCUGCCCUCCCCUGCUCUGACGAAGCCAAAACAGAAACAUAGGGCAGCCCUGAUGGCGGAGCAGCCCCUAGACCCAACCCUGCAGCUGAUGGAGUGCAUGGCCGGCGAAGUCAUCACGGCCGCAGUCACCGCUGCCAUCCAGGAGCGGCUGGAGGCGGCUUUCCCCGCCCCCGUGGAAGCCCCCUGCCUUCCUUCUCUUCACUCCGACAGCGAUGCGGAGGACUUUGAGCUGCUGGACCAGGCCGAGCUGGAGCAACUGGAGGGGGAGCUGGGUCUGGAGAGGGCGGGGGGCCACGGAGCCCAACCCAAAGCCAGUAGGCCCUCGGGGUUCCUCUCCAAACUCCUGGGGCGUCCCUGAUCAGGCAGAGGAUUGUUGGGGGAAAUAUUUAGCCAGAGAUUGUGAACGGCUGAUCGGUGGGUGUGCAGGUUGAAAAGUGAUGAUUUUCCUAGUUGUUAUUACUUUAAUAAGAGGUGAGAUUUGAUGCACUGUGAGGGCUCUUGAUCUGGUUUGAUCUAGGAGAUUUCGGUCCAUGUUCAUUUUUUCCCCAGAAUGGGUGUCUUAACACUACAAGAGCGAUUUCAGUGGUUUAGCAAUCUGGGGGUAGGAAUUUCAUGGUACUGUUAUGCUGCCAAAUAAACAAUAUAUUCACUGAUAUGGUCAUUAGACCCAUUGUAGUGCUACAAACUACCCCAGAAUGUAUGUCAGGAAAGUCAUCACUUUUUAUUUUGCAUUUUAUUUUCUAAUUUUGUAUUUCCUUUUUUUCCAUUAAGUUUUGACCUGUUGUAAGUUAGAAAAAUGUAGCGGAAAGCUUUAGAUCUCUAUGUUUUCUUAUAUAUAUGCAAAUGCAUAUAUAUUUAUGUGUAUAUGCAUGCAUAGCUCUGUUUCAACUGUAAACAUUUUUAUGUGUACUUGCACCUUAAUAUGUGAUUGAUACAGCUAGGCACUUGAAAUCAAAGGUAUUAGAAACUGGAUCUUGUGCAAUUAUAAUGCCAUUAAACCUUUCUUGAAUGUAA